AUGAGACCGUUUGGCUGAAGAUGGCGGAUUCGCUGUCGUCAGGUCUGGGAGAGGAGCAGGAGAAUGAGAAGGAAGACAGGGAGCGGGUCGGGAAGGCUGCCAAAACAGAGAAAAACAAGGAGAAAGACAGAGUCACGGACACCCUGCGGUCCAACGAUAAAAACGGAGGCAACAAUGGCAAGAAACGCAACCUGUCAGACCUGUCUCUGGUCAGAUUUAUAACUACUGAGCUAACCAGAGGCUACUUCCUGGAACACAAUGAGGCCAAAUACACCGAGCGCAGAGAGAGGGUCUACACCUGCCUCCGCAUCCCCAAGGAGCUGGAAAAGUUGAUGACAUUCGGCUUCUUCCUCUGUCUGGAUGCCUUCCUCUAUGUGUUCACCCUGCUGCCCCUCAGGGUAAUUCUGGCUCUUUUACGGCUCCUCACGUUGCCUUGCUGUGGCCUCGGUGGCGCCCGCCUGCUCCAGCCGGCCCAGGUGUGUGAUGUGCUGAAAGGCUUCAUCAUGGUGCUGUGUUACUCCAUGAUGAGCUACGUGGAUUACUCCAUGAUGUACCACCUCAUCAGAGGACAGUCUGUCAUCAAGCUGUACAUCAUAUACAACAUGUUAGAGGUGGCAGACCGCCUCUUCUCAUCAUUUGGUCAGGACAUCCUGGACGCUCUGUACUGGACAGCCACAGAACCAAAGGAGAAGAAGAGAGCGCACAUAGGCGUGAUUCCUCACUUCCUCAUGGCUGUGCUCUACGUCUUUCUCCAUGCCAUCCUCAUCAUGGUUCAGGCCACCACUCUGAACGUAGCCUUCAACUCCCACAACAAAUCCCUGCUCACCAUCAUGAUGUCAAACAACUUUGUGGAGAUCAAAGGAAGUGUGUUCAAGAAGUUUGAAAAGAACAACCUUUUCCAGAUGUCAAACAGCGACAUAAAAGAGAGGUUCACCAACUACAUCCUCCUGCUCAUCGUCUGUCUGAGGAACAUGGAGCAGUUCUCCUGGAACCCUGACCACUUCUGGGUGCUGUUUCCUGAUGUAGUCAUGGUGAUUGCCUCUGAAGUUGCUGUGGACGUUGUUAAGCACGCCUUCAUCACCAAAUUCAAUGACAUCAGUGCUGAUGUAUACGGGGAAUACAGAGCCAGCCUUGCCUUUGAUCUUCUCAGCAGUCGACAGAAAAAUGCUUACACAGACUACAGUGACUCAGUCUCCAGAAGAAUGGGCUUCAUCCCGCUCCCUUUAGCUCUGCUGUUGAUCAGAGUCGUAACCAGCUCAGUGAAGAUCCAGGGUUCGCUGUCCUUCAUGUGUGUGCUGCUGUUUUACCUGGGGAUGAUCACUCUGAAGGUGCUCAACAGUAUCCUUCUGCUGGGUACGUCUUGUGGAUUCGUGAAAGAGGCCAACAUGGAAGAGAAGCUCUUCAACCCUCCGCCCCCCGUCGUCUCGAGCCGUGCAAACUCCAGAGCUCACCGCACCAAAACCGUCCACAUUCCACCACAGCAAGAACCCACAAUCGACAAAGGAGGAGCAUCCGUGGCAGCAGAUGUUUCUCCGCCCCCCAGUGUGGCAGAGAGCUCUGCCCCAACACUCCCCAAAAGUGACUCAGACACUUUCCUGACCACGCCAGACGGGGAUGAUGAUGAAAAAAACAUCAACGCCGACACCGGACUGGAAGGUCUCGAACCACGAACACCCAAGAAAGACUUGCUGGAAAUAGACCGCUUCACCAUCUGUGGCAACCGAAUAGACUGAAAGCCACAGGGAAACAACCAGUCAGUGUGCCCUGGCAAAACGCCAAGAUUCAGGGAUCAAGAAACACGGGUCGGACUAGAGAAACUUCCGUGCACCUGACCCCUGAGUAUUUAUUUAUUUAUUACUGACAAAACCAGCCAAGGCAUAACGCUGUUACUACAAGCAUCACAGGCGGCCUCAGAUGUCUCCAUCUGGUCCAGCCGGUGCCUCGUGAACCAGGUUCACUCCGGGGAUUGGUCUUGGUUGUCACGGCAACCUGAAGACAUGCUUGCUCAUGACUAUGGGAGAAAACUGGCCUAGCUGUAGAAGAGCACGAAGACAGAAACACAUAUGUGACGUAGUGCCACGUGGAUCGCUGUGUGAUAAAAUGACAGCUGGGAAGUGCGAGUACGUGUUCAAAAGCACAAUCAUGCGUACCGUGCAGAUUUGUUUUUAGAAAGAAUAAACUUGUCCAUUUUUUAAACAUUUUUUUUAUUUCAAAAGCCUGAAAAAUUCUAAUAUUUAAAAUGAAGUUUUUAUGAAGACUCUCAGAUCUUUUUCUAGAAUCGACCUGCAGGACUAAGACUCACAAUCACAUUAACACACUGUUGAAAUCCCAAUGUUCACACACAUCUAAAAUGGUCUUGUUUAAAGUGAAUUACUGUGAUGACCCCGAGUGUCCUUAGCGCUCUGACAUGGCAGCAGUGACAUUGGGUGCAGUCCUGCUGAGUGCACUGGCUUUGGUUACAGAGGUUACUUUACCUUUUAGACGCAGAUCAAAGUUUGGAGGUUUUAGUGUCAUGCAGCUUGUGUUAAUAUUGUUACUUUAAGCACCGAGAUAGGCUGGUGCCUGUUUGUAAAGACAGUAUUUAUUUAAAAUUCAACUCUAAGCCAAGUUUGGAAGAUAUUUCAUUUUUAGAUGAUUUUCUUUUUCAAAUGCUUCAUGUCAACACGCAUGUGGCCAACAGUUUGGCACGUCUUGGUGUAACACCACUGUGUUCUUGGUCUCAAAAUUCUUGGUGUGUGACACUCUCAGAUCAGCAUCAAUUAACAUAUUUUGUUAUUAUUUCCCAUUAUCUUUGCAGUGAUAUGAGAAAUAAUUAAGGUUGCAUGUAUGCAGGUGAAAUGUUUAAGGGUAUUGUGUGAUAAUCAUCUAUCAAAAAUAACAAGGAUCAUAUGAGCACUUUGGUUGAACCAUGCAGCAUCUUUUUAUUUUCCUGAGAGCUGUAGGAAGUCAGGUUUGAAUCCUAAAUGUCGCUGACAUUGAGUGGUGUGUUUGUUGUUCGGCUGGCUUUGGUAAUUGGAAGAAGCUUUUUCCAAAUGCUUUCAUUUUUAUAUAACGACCUUUAGAAGCUGUAAAAGCUGGAAGCAUUGUUGAUCAUAUCAUUUCUGAAAUUCUGCUGAAUUCAAGCUAGCCCUACAUUUAGCAUCUCAUGCUAAUAUCCUGUUGUAUUUGAUUCAAGCAACAGUGCUUAACAUUUGGAUUUUUGAAAAAGAAAUACCCAGUGAUUUUUAAAAGGUCUUUCAAAUUAAUUAAUGCUUCUCUGAAGAUAUUUCCAGAAUCAUCAAAGACGUGUGUGUGUGUGUGUGUGUGUGUGUGUGUGUGUGUGUGUGUGUGUGUGUGUG